AUGGCAUCUAACAAUGCAGAUCAGGUCGUCUUUGAUAAGGUUGCUGAAAUCAACGCAUCUAAAGAGUCUUGGAACAUACGUGUUAAAGUCGUCAUGCUUUGGAAGCCGACCUAUGUAAACAAUCCUAAUAUGGUCACAAGCCUGGACAUGAUUUUAAUCGACCAGGAGGGAAGUAGAAUUCAAGCUACAAUAAAAAAAAAUCUUAUUCCAGUAUUUGAAUCCCUAUUCGAUGAAGGAGCUAUCCGGGAGAUCAGUAACUUCGCUAUGGCUAGCAAUCAAAGCGAAUACAUGCUUGUACCUCAUAAACAUAAAAUCAAUUUCUACAAAACCACGAAAGUUCGUGUAUCCAAUGAUUUUGUUGAUACAGUAGAUCCUUAUCAUUUUAUCUCUUUCCCAGAUUUGCUAGCCAGGAACUUUGACACUCGUGUUGCAUUUGAUUUUCUAGGUGAAGUUGUGUCAAGUGAUCCCAUGCGAGUCAUUGUUGAGUAUGGAAGAGAGAAAAGGUUAAUGAAUCUGGUUGCUCAGGAUUUAAGUGGUACGAGAAUUGCAGUCGCUUUGUGGGGCAGUUUUGCAAUGAAGUUGAAUACUUACAUUUCACAACAUAAUAAUGACACUGCUCCUGUUAUUAUCCUGCUAUGUUUGGCCAAACUCAAAAUUUGGGGGGGUCAGCCUCAAAUUGGUAAUUGUUUGUUUGGGUCUAGAUUGCAUAUAAAUGAUGAUAUGCCUCAGAUUUUGGAGUUCAAAUCAAAAAUUAAUGCUUUGGAUACAAAUGUUGAGUCUUCUAGCCGUACAUCCCAGCUCAACUCAGAUACCGUUGUGGCUAAUCCAGAGGAUUACUACCUCCGUUUUGAGAUAAAAAACAUUGAUGAAAUUCCUGAUUUUAAUGAGGAAGUUGGUUUAACCAUUAUCGCUACUAUUAUUGGUUUUGAUAUGGAUGAUGGUUGGUAUUCAUUUUAUUGCCGUGAUUGUUCUAAAAAAGUUACUAAAAAUCAUGAUGAUGUUGAUGCUGGCCCUUUUCACUGUGAUGGUUGUGGAUUUGUCUCGGAUGUAUUUGGAAAGAUUAGGAUAGUAGUUCGUGUGCAAGAUGAAAGUGGCUCUUCUUCGUUUGUAUUGUUUGAGCGUCAUGUAAAAGAUCUUAUUCAUCGUGGAAACCAAUGGUUGAUGGACAAAAUAGCUAAGUUCAGAUUUCCAUGUUCAAUCUGCAGAACAACUAGGGCUUACACUGUGCAUAAGUUAACCGAUGAUGAAAGGGUUCUUGAUGAGGUGACAAAAAGGUCAUCAAAUCAUCAACAUGAUCAUAUAAAUGAUAAUGGUACUCCUGUUAACAAGCUAAAUAAGGAAAAUACCAAUUAUGUGCAUGAUGACAAUCUUGAUGUUGUUGACCUUGAAGCUGUAACACCAUCAUCGAGUACGGGGAAGCGCCCUAUUGAGAUUGAUGCCAACAAUGAGUCUUUGGAGUGGUCUUCUUCAAAAACUUCUGUUGUACGGGAUACCUUGAAGAUCCCAAAGUUGGAAAAGUUGGACUAAUAUCAAGCCACCCAUCAAAAUUUUACAUAUCAUCUUCGAUAUGUUUAUAGACAUUUUCUUUUUAAUCUUUUGUGUGUCGCAUUUUUAAUUCUCAGUUUAUUGAUCUUUGGUUGUUUUUAAAAUUGUAUUGAGUUUUAAUUUGGUGUGUACACAAUGAUACAAUUGGAGGUCAUGACAAUUUCAAGUUAUUGAACUAUUUUGAUUUAAUGCGUAUUUUCUUUAUUUUUUCUUUCA